AUGGAAGCGUAUGAUGCUGCUGUGCAGGAGGGCCGAACAAAUCCAUGUGCCUACGUUCAAUCCCUUGGGCUGAAGGGAUUCUACAGAUCAUGCAUUUACAAGUGGAAGAAGACCCGUCAGCAAGAUAGCUGGACGGUCAUGCGCGCAGCCUCUCCACGUUUGGCAAAGAAAUAUCGUGAAUUGCCAGACGUGUUGAGAAACUUGCUAGGGAAGCAGCGCAAGUUCAUCCAACGCGCGUCCAAUGCCUCAGGCUCUGCCACUUGCAUCCUACCCGCCGCUUUUCAAGACAUGGUUGCUUCUGCAGUUGUUGAAAGAAUAGAUCUUGGAGAGGAAGUGGAUUUUAACUACGUUGUUGCGCUGUUGGAGGUGGCCAUUGAGCAGUGGAACUUAUGUGUGAAAUCCAUGAAAGAGGAGAUGGAAUCCCCACAUGCUAUCCUUGAGGGCAUUGAACAUCGGGGCAACUUUGAACCAGAAGAUUUGGAUACAGCCGUCAACGACAUGCGGGCCCAGAGCCAGAUGCUUCGUGAGAUUGCUUUGCCACCCACAUCCAAUGCAUUUAU